UUGGACUAACCGGUUGACUGAAGGAAACGCAGUGCCGACAGGAUGAAGGUGCCACUCUGGAUCUCACUUCUUUUGUGCGUCUACAACUGUACGGGAGCCGUCCCUGCUGCCAUGGUAACACUGACCAGCCAAACUGCCUCUUCUUCUGCCCCUGUGAGCCCUACAGAGGAUGUGAGUGCGGAGCUGGUGGAUUGGCUGACACAAUAUGGCUACCUCCCACCUGCUGAUCUCUCCACAGGACAGCUACAGGCCUGGACAGCCGUCACUCAGGCUGUUAAAGCCAUGCAGAAAUUUGCCGGUCUCAAAGACACAGGAGUAGUAGAUGAGGACACCCUAAAUUUAAUGCGCACACCACGCUGUUCACUCCCAGAUGAAGAUGUGAAGCACACACACUCACUGGAUUCCCAAAUGCCUCUGCACAGACAGAAGAGGGGCACGUCUACUUGGACUCACAGGAAUAUCAACUGGAGGUUGCGGUCAUACCCUGUAUCCUCAGUACUUUCCCGUGAGAUGAUUCGUUCCCUGGUGUUCUACGCUCUGAGGGUCUGGGCAGAACCAACCCAGCUAGAGUUCCAUGAGGUGGGAAGUCCAGGGGCAGCAGACCUACAGGUGGACUUCCUACAUGGUUCCCAUGGCGAUGGUUACCCAUUUGAUGGACUUGGAGGCGCAGUGGGCCAUGCCUUCUUCCCGUCUGACCCUAAAAGAGCAGGUGGGGUUCACCUUGAUUCAGAGGAAGACUGGGCCUUCCGACAACCAGCCUCAGAGGGCACGGACCUGUUCACGGUGCUGGUGCAUGAGUUUGGCCACGCCCUGGGCUUGUCCCACUCCUCCGCCCGGCGCUCUGUGAUGAGGCCUUACUACCAGGGCCCAGCGGGAGACCCUCUGCACUUCACCCUGGGCCCCCCCGACAGAGAGCAGAUCACCAGACUCAAUACUGUUGAUCGCUGUUCCACCACCUUUGAUGCAGUAGCCAAGAUUAGAGGGGAGACUUUUUUCUUUAAAGGGCCCUACAUGUGGCGUGUCAGCAGCGGGGCGUUGGUUUCAGGCAAGGCUGCCUCAACGCGGAGGCUGUGGAGCGGCCUGCCUCCUAACUUCACCCCUCUCCGUGCCGUGCUGGAGAGACACUCAGACCAUGGGAUAGUCUUCAUCACAGGCUCCCAGUACUGGCUGUUCAAGGACCUCUCUCUCCAGCAAGGGUACCCUCGUCCCCUGUCUGAUCUGGUGGCAGGGGGAGAGAGGGCAGAGCAGGGUCUGGUGUGGGACACAGACAAGGGGGCAGUUUGGGGGGAAAGAGAGACAGUGAGGGUGGCAGGAGCUGGAACCAGUGAGGCCUGGAGGGAGCUCCUCAGUGCAGGAGUUAAUGGGAUUACCACAGAGAGAGACGGGUCUGUCUACAUCUUCAGAGGUCUUUCCUACUGGAAGUUUCCCGCUCCAGGCUCUGAACCAGAAGAAGGGUAUCCUCGAUCCCUGGCCACUGACUGGCUGGACUGCCCUCACCCUUCUCCAUCUCUCCCUGCUGUGUGA